AUGUCCUUUCUCAGGAGGGCAUCUCUCGCCCGCAAAAAACAGGACGACGAAGCCUCCCCCAGCCCCCAACGAGCACCCAGCAUCUCGGGCGACAGCUCUCCCCAAGCUCACAACAGCAGCGAGGCAAGCAGCAUCCCGGAUGACUCGUCUAUAACUCCCAGCAAGAACAACCAUGGCAGCAAGCGCAAAUCCAUGUUUGGAGGCAAAGGCCGAAAGAGGCUCUCUUCUUUGUUCGCAUCAUCAUCGACUUUGUCGUCUUACGCGAACGAUCGCGAAGGAACCUCCUCUCCUCAGCCUAAAUCCAGACUCAACAAUUCGACCACUUCCUCCUCCUCGACUUCUGUCCGCUCGAAUGUUACCGGAUCUGUCCGUUCGACAACAGCCGGCGCCCCCGCUGAAGGUGGGAUUGAAUUUCCCCAAAGGGGCUUGAGCAACUUGAGGAUCGGGACAGUCACUGGCGAAGUGACCGAGUCGCCUGAAGCCUCGCCGACAGUCGAGUCGGGUUCCGCGAUCGGUGCCCGAGACGCGGCUACAAAGCGUACGAGGCGAGAUAGCAUGUGGUCGCAAUGGGAACUUGAAGGCGUAGGCGAGGAUGGUUCGUCUAGCGACGAGGAUGACGGAUUCCUCACUCCUUCAGAGGGCCUGAGCGAAGUUGAAGAGGAGGACGAGGACGAAGUGGAACCAGACGCCUUGAUCCAAUCUGCCCACCCCGCUGCUAUCGCGGCGGCAACGACUAUCGUCCCAACAGCGCCUCCCUCCGACUUUAAGGUUGAACCUACUAAUGUCGAUAAGGGCGCUGUGGUGACCGACACCAAAGACGUUAGCGGUACAGGCGCGUCUACCAUUCACAGGAGUCUCCCUACUAUGACAGAGACCCGGGUCAGACGACAUGUGUCUCACAGACCUGAUGCCUCCACGGUGGACCAAUCGGCCGUGCUAGCAGAGGACAUUGAGACUUGUAGGGGAGCUAUAAAGCUGUUCUUGACUAGUCAUAUGAAGGAAGCAGAAGACUUUUGUCAGGAGAAAGCGGGAGAAGGUCAUCAUUUGUACCUUCAGAGUGCCAUGGGGAUCAUUGAAGCGUUAAAGGGGAUGAUGACUUUUGACUCUGUCGACCUCCACAACGCUCUCGACAUUUGCAAAUCCACAUCCAUCACCGCUUCUACCCUUCGUCGUGCCAACGACAGCGUGAUGCACCGUCUGGGCGGUCUCGUGAAAUCUGGCGGAGGUCUUGCUCGUAUCAAAGCCAUGACUCCAUUGGAAAGACAUGCUGAGCUUGUAUAUGCUGAGCAAUCAUUGUUGAAGGCCAUGUUGGCUAUCGUGGCCGGAGGUGAUUGGAUCGGUCUAGUGCGAGAAGCUUUGAACAUGCGUACAGCGCAUGGAAUCUAUAGGAGUCUUCAGCAGUACUUGGAAGAUGCAGACAAGCAUGGAUAUGACGACGAUAUUGAUAUGGACUUCCGCUCGGGUGUCCUCCUCGGUACCGGUACCUCGUCGCUCAUGCUUUCACUUCUCCCCGGCAAAGUCCUCAAAAUUGCGGAAGUCUUUGGUUACGCCGGUGACCGUACCGUCGCCCUCAAUACAUUGAUGGCUGUCGGCGGGUGGACUUCUGGCGUCGCCGAGCCGAGUCUUGAUGAGACGAAUGAGGGAUUGAGGCGACCUAUUUGUGAUAUGAUUCUCCUCGCCUAUCAUCUCGUCAUCUCUGUGUUGAUACCCAUUUCGGGGAUCGAUGUGCCAUUGGCAAGGAAUGUGCUGGCUUACAACAUGAAGCGAUACCCUGACGGUGUAUUCUUCCUCUAUUUCCAAGCUCGAUUACACACCACGCAAUGCCAGCCUGCCGAGGCCAACCAGUCUUUGCAGAAAGCUUUGGAUCUUCAGCUGGAGUAUGUUCAGCUGCAACAUAUGUGUCUGUGGGAUUACGCUUGUAACCACAUGAUGAUGGGCAACUUUAAGGGCGCUCUUGAUUGUUUCUCCAUCUUGAAGGACGAGUCGAAUUGGAGUCGGGCGGUCUACACCUACGCUGCUGCGGCCUGUAUCGUCGAGAUGAUCGAGGACGGCCACAAGGAGGCUAGUCUUGAGGAGGCCGACAAGUUGAUGAGGCAAAUUUCCAAGUUGACAAAGAAGAUUGCCGGAAAGUCUUUACCCAUCGAGAAAUUCAGUUCACGUAAAGCCCGCAAAUUCGAGUCCCAAGGCGGCCGCCUCUUCCUCCCCGCUCUCGAACUCGCCUACGUCUUUGGCUCUCUCGGCAACACCCCCCGCCGCAGCCAUCUCGAUGUGCACAUUCCUCGUCUCAACGCCAUGCUCAGCAAGCUCGAAGUCGGCGAGGACGAGUACGGGAGCAAGAACGGGAAAGAAUACUGGGACGAUUAUGUCCUGGGCCAUUUCCUGCGUGGAAUGUGCCAUUUCAUCGCUAGAUGGCAACCGAAAGAUGCGGUGAUCCCAGAGAAGAAUGUGAGACCUGAAGACCCCUCGGACGAGGAGCUUGACCAGGCGGCCGAGAAGGACUUUAAGGCGGUCAUCAGGCAUGGACCAGACGUACAGCUUGAUCACUGGAUCUUGUUCCAUUGUUACUACGAGCUCGGUCGACUUUAUGCUCAGAGAGGGAAUGAUGAAUUGGCCAAGCAUCAAUUCGAAAUUGUCAUGUCUGGUAAAAUCCCUGACCACAAUCCAUACAUGGCGAAGGCCGCGGGUAAAUACUCGCUUGAGGGCGCCUUGUUGCUCAAGACCCAUGCUGCUCUUUCUGCUGUGAAGGAGCGUGAGAAGGAAAGGAGCGGAAAGUAG